ACAACGAGUAUAUAAUGGAAACACCAAACAAAGAAGAAGAAAAAGAGCAAAUGUCUUUGAAAUCUAGAAAAUUAGGAGAUUGGAAAUUGUGGUGAGCAGCGGCAGCAGCAGCCAUCCUUAGAGUGCUGAAAAUAAUAGCUUUUAACUCUGUGGUAGCAAUUUGGAAUUGAUGGAAGGCUCAUGGACUGAAAUCAAUGGAAUACUUGCCAAGCAUGGUUAUAAUCGUAGUAGCAAUGGUAACGAUAGCAGUAUCAGCAGAAGCUCUAGUGAUAGUGAUCACAUGAUGAACACAGCAGCCGGUGAACUUGAGGGAGAUGAUGACAAUUUAACAUGUAGACAGUCUGGUUUAUCUUCUAAUGAUCAUUCGGAGAAUGGUCCCAAACUGGGUUCUAAGCGUCCUCGAACUGGGAUGACAGAUUCAUUUGGUCAAGUGGGUACAGAGACAAAUGAUCUUCUGCAAGAAGCGUACAAGUCUGAUUUUGUUUCCAUGGAAGUUGACAAUUCAGCCAUAACAGGAGUUGCAAAUGAUCAGAUUGGAUCCCAUUGGGAUUAUGACGAUGACGACAUAUGUAUGGUCAUGGAUAUCCAAACUCUUCUCUCUGAGUUUGGAGAUUUUGGGGACUUCUUCGAAAAUGAUGCUUUGCCUUUUGGAGAGCCCCCAGGAACUGCAGAAUCACAGACACUAAUAUUUUCUACACCAGAUUAUGGAGAUGUAGGUACAAGUCCUGUUGGGAUGAUGGAUGUUUCUGAUCAGAUGCUACUGCCUGGAGGUUUUCCAUCCUUUGAGAGUUUUGAUCCACCUGUUCCAGUAGCCCAGGAGGAGUAUCUCGGCAAUACUCAAGAAGUCACAAAAAACAGCAUGUUGUCAGGUCUAGGGAGCCACACUCCAGCAUCUUCUACAGGCGAGUUUAAUCAUAUAAUAAAAGCUGAAGCACUGAUGAGGUUUGCUUCUGAAUAUGGAGCCGUGGAGACCCCUACAAGUGAGUUUUCCUCAUCAAUUUGUAGAAGCCCAUAUUUUCCGAAAUCUAUAAAAGAGGAGAGUUCCAAUUCAAGCUCAAGCAAGUACAUAUAUGGUGCAACACCACCCUUUUCUCCUUACUUUAAUGGAUCAGAUGAGAAGACUAGCAUGCCCAUGAACUCAAUACCCUUUCUCGGAAGGAAUGAUGCGGAUGCUGUUAUCUACUCAAAAAAUAAUUACACUCAUGUCGAGAGUGCAAAAGAGCCAUAUGAAAAAAGAUUACUUGCAGUUAAUAGUUUCCCUAUGUCUGAUGGGGUGACGCCAUCUCUCUUUCCUAAUCUAAACUCGACAAAUGCUGUUAAAUCUUCCCUGAGGAAAGUAGCCGAAGGCACCCUUGAACUGGCACCUUUUCUUCAGUCUAUGAAGACUUUGCUUGCAACUGACGUUGAAUGCCUUAUGUUCCAGGCCUCCAUGUGCAGGAUAAGGCACACGCUAUUAUCUUCCAGUAGGCCUAUGCCUAUUGGUUUGAGUAGGCUAACUAGAAGUACUGGUUUUAAUCAGCUGCCUGGUGACCAAGGUACUAUGACAGACAAUACAUCUGGCAAGUAUGAGGCAAGAAAGAAAGAAUCUAUGCCACUUAGAAUAGCUGGUGAUAUUGAUGUAGCUCUUGAUGGGUGCCUCAAUGCACCUAUUGGUGUUUUGCGCUCUGUUGGAGUUCCUAAAGUCCCGAAGUCCUCAAAUUCUCCAAAUAUGGAAGUUAGCCCAUCCUUGCCUUGUAAUUCUUUCAAUAAGGAAGGUGUCCUUUCUUUUGGGCAAAUGCAACCACUUCAGGAGCUUCUUGAUGGAAUGGCAUUACUUGUCCAACAAGCUACUUCCUUUGUUGAUCUGACCUUAGAUGGGGAUUGUGGCGAUGGUCCUUAUGGUUGGCUUGCUUUACAAGAGCAGUGGAAGCAGGGAUUUUGUUGUGGACCUUCUAUGGUUCAUGCUGGUUGUGGGGGGACUCUGGCUUCUUGUCAUGCCCUUGACAUUGCUGGUGUGGAGUUAGUGGAUCCACCUUCUGCUGAUUCUGACGUUAAGAGAGUCUUAAAAUCUGCAUUUGGUAUUUUGGAUGGGCCAUUGUCCGUCAAUGAUUGGUGCAAAGGCCGCAAUCAUUCAGUUGAUGCUGGAAGUGCCGGUGAUGGAUUCUCUGCCAAGUCUUCCAUAAAUGAAUGCACAGAUUCGUCGAGUACUGUGAUGCUAUCUGCAGCCGAACCAAUGGAUCCGUCCCACUAUUCUGCUAGUCGAUCAUCUUGCCUAAAAGUGAUAAACAUUUUGACCAUAGAUGCAGUCUCUAGCGCAACAGGUGGAGCUACAGUAGAUGGCACAUGCCAGAGGAUCUCUAACCAAGAAAUCCGUACUUCAGAGCCAUGCGCCUGGUUAAGACCAACACUUUUUGCUCUUCCGUUGCCUGCUAUACUUGUCGGUUACCAGGAUGAUUGGCUUAAGACGUCUGCAAGCACCCUGAAACUCUGGGAGAAGGCUCCUCUUAAACCAUAUUCUUUACAGAAACCUGUUACUUAUAAUGUUAUAUGUCCAGACAUUGAUCCAUUAACUUCUGCUGCUGCUGAUUUUUUCCAACAACUAGGAACUGUCUAUGAGACAUGUAAACUGGGUAGUCAUUCACCACAAAGUUUGGGGGACCAAAUGGAAAUAGAUUCUGCAAAAUGGUCAUCUUCUGGUUUUGUUCUACUUGAUUGUCCUCAAUCAAUGAGGAUAGAAAGCAGUAACGCAUCUCUUAUGGGCUCAAUAAGCAAUUAUUUUCUCUCUCUUUCCAAUGAUUGGGACUUGACGAGCUACCUUAAGUCCCUUUCAAAGGCACUAAAAGGCUUGAAACUUAGUCCAUACUCGUCCACAAACCCAAGAGAUGGAAGCUGUGGUCCUUGUAUGGUAAUAUAUGUGGUGUGCCCCUUCCCUGACCCAACUGCAGUUCUACAAACCGUCGUUGAGUCUUCUGUUGCUGUUGGAUCGGUGAUUCUCCAAUCAGAUAGGGAGAGAUCUAUAUUGCACAGUCAGGUUGGAAAGGCUUUAAGCUGCUCAGAAGCCGUGGAUGAAGCAACUAUAUCAAACGUUUUAGUACUUUCAGGCUUUAGUAUUCCUCAAUUGGUACUGCAGAUUGUGACAGUUGAUGCCAUUUUUAGAGUUACAAGUCCAUCAUAUGAUGAGCUUGUCAUUCUUAAGGAGACUGCCUUCACUGUUUAUAACAAGGCUCGUCGAAUUUUGCGAGGAUCCUCUAAUGAUAUGGUCCAGUUGUCAUCAUUAUCUAGUAGGUCUCCUUCAGUCCUGACACAAAUGUCUUCUCCUAUUUCAGGGAUGUUGAAGGACUGUGUAGGUCCUCAAAUUUCUGUGCAUUCCCUUUCCAGAGAGGGUGACAUUGAAGCUAACCUGAGGACUAGUGCUUGGGAUAAUUCUUGGCAGACAACAAGGACUGAAGGAUUAAGUUGUGAGUCAGUUAGAACAGGGUAUUUUCAAGGUGAAAUUCACUACAUGUUUGAACCUCUUUUUAUUCUCGCUGAACCUGGUUCUAUAGAACAUGGGAUUUCACCUGCAAUUUCUGGUAAUAUGGUGUCAGAACCUGCAAAGCCAUUGUCUGAUGAUAGCAGUGGAGGCUUUAUGCAGGGUUUAAGUUCAGCAGGAAGUGCAGACGCUGGAUCAUGCUCCCAACUUGAUGGAUCUGAAAGUAUUGGCUCUGGGUUUAGCCAACAAAAGACCCCUCCAAGUCUACAUUGUUGUUAUGGGUGGACAGAGGAUUGGCGUUGGCUAGUAUGCAUCUGGACCGAUUCAAGGGGAGAAUUGCUUGACAACCAUGUAUUCCCCUUUGGUGGAAUCAGCAGUAGGCAGGACACUAAGGGUUUGCAAUGCCUUUUCGUUCAAGUUCUGCAGCAAGGCUGUCAGAUACUUCAGGCAUGCUCUUCUCCUGACAUUGGUGUUGCCAAGCCUAGAGAUUUUGUGAUUGUGCGCAUUGGGAGUUUCUUUGAACUCGAAUACCUAGAGUGGCAAAAAGCCAUUAAUUCAAUUGGAGGUUCUGAGGUGAAAAAAUGGCCCCUGCAACUUCGACAAUCUGUGCACAAUGGAAUUCCUGCAAGCAGUGAUAGUACUUCCUUAGAGCAACAGGAGUUGAGUUUGAUUCAAGAGACCCUACAUUAUGCUAAAGCUUCUGGCUUUAUAAAAGGUGAUUUAGGAAAACCCGCUGCAAGAAAGAAGCUUAUGUGUGGGCAGACACUGGUUGACUGCUCAAGGGGCUUGCUUCAGUGGGUGCAGAGCAUUAGUUUUGUUGCCAUUUCAGUCGACCAUUCUUUAAAUCUAGUUUCUCAAGAAGAUUCAUCAUCUCCUGGAGGUACUCAAGGUGGCGGUGGUAUGGGGCCGUCAGGCUAUCAUGAAGGGUUCAAGCCUGUACAGUCCCUUGGUUCUACAUUUGCUUCAUACAUUCUGAUCCCAUCACCCAGCAUGCACUUUCUCCCUGCAACACCUCUACAGCUCCCAGCGUGUCUCACUACAGAAUCACCUCCCCUGGCCCAUCUCCUGCACAGCAAGGGCCCUGCAAUUCCACUUUCCACUGGUUUUGUAGUUUCAAAUGCAGUGCCUUCCAUGAGGAAAGACUAUAGAAGCAACUUGAAAGAAGAAUGGCCUUCAGUUCUUUGUAUCAGCCUUAUUGAUUAUUACGGAGGCACUAACAUUAUCCAAGACAUGUUUGUUGGAGGUGUUAAUAAACAGGACGGUAGGAGUUUAAGCUCUGAGGCUAAAGAUUUCGAAAUUGAGACCCAUUUAGUUCUCGAGUCUGUUGCUGCAGAGCUUCAUGCACUAUCUUGGAUGACUGUUAGUCCAGCAUACUUAGAGCGACGGACUGCACUGCCGAUCCAUUGUGACAUGGUUUUAAGACUGAGAAGGCUACUUCAGUUUGCUGAUAAAGAGCUCUCUCAGCAGCCAAAUAAGUUGCAUCUGUAAGUUAAAACAUUAUCACAGUAAGAAAAGACUUUUUAGGCUUAUUUUUAGUGGAGACUUUUAUAGAGAGAUGAAUUCAAAAUGAGCGUUUAAUCGGCUGGGCUAUAGUGCGUCUGGUGUUUUAUUCCAAUGCACAAGAUUAUAGCAUGUAAUCUGUGUAUGUUAUUUUUGCCCACUGAUCCCGGCGUCACAAAAAUUCUAAGGUGAUUAGAGACAUUUCAGUUUGUGG